UUAACUGCCCAUCCAGAGCACACCACAUUUCUGUGUAACAGUAUCUUUCAUUCCUGGAUAGCCCACAUAAUGAAAAAAUGGACACAGAAAAUAGGAGCAGAGCAGAUCUUGCUCUCCCAAACCCACAAGAAUCCUCCAGUGCACCUGACAUUGAACUCUUGGAAGCGUCUCCUCCUGCGAAAGCACCCCCACCACCACAAACAUGGCAAACGUUUCUGAAGAAAGAGUUGGAGUUCCUGGGAGUAACACAAAUUCUGGUUGGUUUGAUAUGCCUUUGUUUUGGAUCAAUUGUCUGCUCCGUACUCCACUUUUCAGACUUUGAUGACGAAGUGCUUUUACUAUAUAAAGCAGGCUAUCCAUUCUGGGGUGCAGUGCUGUUUGUUUUGUCUGGAUCUUUGUCAGUUAUGUCCGAAAGGAAAAACACACUGUAUCUGGUGAGAGGCAGCCUGGGAGCAAACAUUGUCAGUAGCAUCGCCGCAGGGAUGGGGAUCGCCAUGCUGAUUCUCAAUCUGAGCAAUAACUCUGCUUACAUGAACCAUUGCAUGGAUGUAACCGAAGACGACGGUUGCUUUGUGGCUUCUUUCACCACAGAGCUGUUGUUGAUGAUGCUGUUUCUCACCAUCCUGGCCUUCUGCAGUGCUGUGCUGCUCAUUAUCUAUAGGAUUGGACAAGAAUUCAAAAGUGAUAAGGUCCCAGAUGAUCGUCUUUAUGAAGAAUUAAAUGUGUAUUCACCAAUUUACAGUGAGUUGGAAGACAAAGGGGAAACAUCUUCUCCAGUUGAUUCAUAAGAAUCAGGGGCCAGAACAACCUGAUUCACAGUAUAAUCUUGAAAGUUAGUCUUUUUACAUUAUGGCAAAAUUUCUGUUCCACAUUCUGUUGGUUUUUCAAUUGGAUUGUUCUGCAGACACCACUGUUUUAGUUAGGCUGCAUCUGGUCUUCUAAAUAUCUCCCUUUUUGUGGAUAUCAUUCACUCUGAUUUUCUUGUUUUGUGUCACAAUCUCACAUACAUCCUUUUUGGAAAGUCAUCAAGGAAUAAAUUGACUUUAUUGUAUGUCUUACUUUCAUGAACGAAAGGAAGAUAAGGAGGAAUUACACUUAGAUAAUAAGGUAAUAUUUGGCUCUUAGUUCACUUUAGAAUUCUCAACAGCUAUAGUUGUUCGUGAUAUAUGUCCAUCAUAUCAAGCCUUCUGUAAAUAUUUUAGCACAGUAUAUACUUUUCUAUAUAGAUAUAUUUUCCACCCUCAAUAGUAGUGGAGUUUUCAGAGACAUAAAGCUUUAUGAAAAGAUGGAUAUCAUCUGUUUCAUGAGUACAUUAACUACCACAGUUAUUGCUCAGUGGUGUUUACCAGUUAGUGAACAGUAGGUUAAAAUUAUUAAAUCAUUCAGUUGAGUUAGAUGGAUAAGUAAAAUAAGGGACACUAUGAGUGUAUAUCCUUUAGUAAGACACAUGUGAAGAAUGAAGAAUAAACGGAUGAAGGCCUGAGCUGGAAGGUAGUAGAUGAGAAUGACAAGAAAUGAUCGUGUAUAACACAUAUAGGUAAAUUCUACCAAAAAUUGGUAGAGAUUGCCAUUUAUGCCUAGAAUCUCAGCACAAGACCAGCUUCUGUUACAUAGUGAGUUAGAAGCCAGUCUGUGCUACAUGAGAUCCUACAUCAAAAGACCAAAGAAGAAAUUGGUUCAAGCUGUUAACACCCUAAAUGUUAGUUAAACAAACAGCAGUUAUAUAUAUUGAGUGCUUGAGUCUUUAAUAAAACUAAAUGAAUAACAUUUUGCGGGAGGGAAGUGGUAAUGAAGUCUGAAUGGUGGAAGAGUAGUAGAGACAGGUUAAAACUCAGUUUUAGACUUUUGUUCUGAAAUGGGUAUACUAGAGUGAUCAUCAUUAAAUGAAGAGGGUUAAGACACCAGGAGAAUUCUUUUGAGAUAGAAUUAAGGCAGUCAAACUCCACAUGCCCAUGCUUAGAAGAGGAAAGUAAAGAUCAAAAGUAGAAAACCUAACAAGUCAGAAAAGCAAAUUACAAAACAUUGGGCGCAGAUGCUUCGAGUCAAGGAAAGUUAAACAAAGAGAAAAUAAUUAACCACCAGAGACUGUACAUGUUGGUAUGGGAAAGAGAAGAGAAAAUAACAAUGCCAAAUGAAUGCUAACUCUGAAGAGGCAUUUCUCAGAGGCAGAGGACCAGAACAUUUGCAAAGGUGACUAGAGAGCAGACCACGAAUAGGAGGUCAUACAGGAAAAACAAACAAACAAAUGAACAAACAAACAAAAACCCCAAACAGCUGAGAAAAUGAUUUUGUUGCUGCUAUUUAUAUUUUUAGAAGAAACAAAAGGAGACAUUGAAAAAUCUGUUUGCUGGGAUCGGUUAGUGUGUUCUCUGUGUGUAUCCAAGGGACAGGUAGCUUUUCUAAAUCUUCAUAUAAGGCUCAUCUCAUUUGCAUCUGUCUCUUCACACAGCCAUAUCCUCGACUCACAGUUACUCUACUACAGUAGUAAACUAUGCUUGUGAUCUCCUUCAGCAAAGUGAUCUUCUUCAGAUGGUGUUUAUACAAUAAAUUAGAAUUAUUUAACUUGAUAUUUGUAUUAGUAAAUGAAUGUGAGGGAAGUCUUGAGGAAGAAAAUCGAUGGUGGAUACGAUCGUAUUUCAUUGUAUAUAUUUGUAAAGUUCUAAGGAAUAAAGAAAACUCAUUUUAAAAA